GGUACCAGAGUCCACGCCACCGCCCCGGCCCGCCCAGCCACCGCAGCCGGGGGCUUCGGCUGUCGGGUUGCAGAGCUCCUCUCCUCAGAGCAGCCAGCUCCCUGUAGGCAUCAUGAGGUCCUCGGUUCGAGGUCCGGUGGUGAACGAUGGCGAGGACAGCACCGACAGCACCCCGCUCCUUCAGGGCGCCCGGCAGGCCGAAGCCGCUCCAGCAUGCUGCUCUGCUCGUUACAACUUAGCAAUGUUGGCCUUCUUUGGUUUCUUCGUUCUCUAUGCAUUACGUGUGAAUCUGAGUGUUGCAUUAGUGGAUAUGGUAGAUUCAAAUACAACUUUAGCAGAAAAUAGAACUUCCAAGGAGUGUGCAGAUCAUUCUGCUCCCAUAAAAGUUCUUCGAAAUCAAACGGGCAAAAGGUACCAGUGGGAUGCAGAAACUCAAGGAUGGAUUCUUGGUUCUUUUUUUUAUGGUUACAUUAUCACACAGAUUCCUGGAGGAUAUGUUGCCAGCAAAAUAGGGGGAAAACUGCUGCUAGGAUUUGGGAUCCUUGGCACCUCUGUCUUUACCCUGUUCACUCCCAUCGCUGCAGAUUUAGGAGUUGCAGCUCUCAUUGUACUCAGAGCACUGGAAGGACUAGGAGAGGGUGUUACGUUUCCAGCCAUGCAUGCCAUGUGGUCUUCCUGGGCUCCCCCUCUAGAAAGAAGCAAGCUUCUUAGUAUUUCAUAUGCAGGAGCACAGCUUGGGACAGUAAUUUCACUUCCUCUUUGUGGAAUAAUCUGCUACUAUAUGAAUUGGACUUAUGUUUUCUACCUCUUUGGUAUAGUUGGAAUAUUUUGGUUUGUUUUAUGGAUGUGGCUAGUUAGUGAUACACCAGAAACUCACAAGACAAUCUCCAAUAAUGAAAAGGAAUACAUUCUUUCAUCCUUAAAAAAUCAGCUUUCUUCACAGAAGUCAGUGCCAUGGAUACCCAUUUUAAAAUCACUACCACUUUGGGCUAUUGUAGUUGCUCAUUUUUCGUACAACUGGACUUUUUAUACUUUAUUGACAUUAUUGCCUACUUACAUGAAGGAGAUCCUAAGGUUCAAUGUUCAAGAGAAUGGAUUUUUGUCUGCAUUGCCUUAUUUUGGUUGUUGGUUAUGUAUGAUUCUGUCUGGUCAAGCUGCUGACAAUUUAAGGGCAAAGUGGAAUGUUUCAACUAUAUGUGUUCGAAGAAUUUUUACCCUUAUUGGAAUGAUUGGACCUGCAGUAUUCCUGGUAGCUGCUGGAUUUAUAGGCUGUGAUUAUUCUUUGGCUGUUGCAUUCUUAACUAUAUCAACAACACUGGGAGGCUUUUGCUCUUCUGGAUUUAGCAUCAACCAUCUGGAUAUUGCACCUUCGUAUGCUGGUAUCCUCCUAGGCAUCACGAAUACAUUUGCCACUAUUCCAGGAAUGGUUGGGCCUGUCAUUGCUAAAAGCCUGACCCCUGAUUGACUAUUUUUAUAUCUUCUCUGUAUUCUCCUGAAGCAAUCCAUCUACUUCAAAAUGCAUCUCUACCACCACCAAACUGAGGAAACAGACCAUCAAAGUGAUACAGCAUUGGAAAUCUUUAUUACCAUCCAUCUUCCCUUCAUAGUUCUAAAAGGGUCCACCCUGUUUUUUAUUUAUUUUUUUUAGUUUAUUUAUUAUUACUAUUAUUAGUGUGUGUGUGUGUGUGUGUGUGUGUGUGUGUGUGUGUGGUGCUGGGGAUUGAACCAGGGCUUUGUGCAUGUGAGGAAAGCACUCUACCAACUGAGCUAUAUUCCCAGCCUCGCACUCUGCUUUUUAAAGUACAUAAGGACAUCACUGAUUCUGUCUCCUCCUACCUCCUCUAAGAACUUGCUUCAGUAAUUCUUCUAAUUUGCUUCUUCCAUCUGUUUCUCUGACCCUUUCCCUUCUGUCUCAAAGAUAUGCAAGUCUUCUCUAGCCUUUAAACAAGUAUACAAAAAUCUCCCAGGGACAUAAAAAGCAUAUAUAUCCAUAAUCUCUCUAGAAUAAUACUCAAGAAACUGGAAUUAGUGGUUACCUCUGGGGUGAGAAAACAGGCCACCAGGAAUAAGAAGGGGAAUUAAUUUUUACUUUACCAAAUGUAGCAGUAUAAUCUAUUCAAAUACAUUAUUUUAAAGCAAAACACCACCAGGCAUAAUGGCGCAUACCUAUAAUCCUGGCAAUUCUGGGAGACUGAGGCAGGAGGAUAGCAAAUUCAAGGCCAGCCUGAGCAACUUAGGGAGACCUUGUCUCAAAAAAUAAAAAGGAGGCUGAUUUCAGUGGCACAUGCCUGUAAUCCUAGCAGCAGGAAGCUGAGGCAGGAGGAUCAAAAGUUCAAAGCCAGCCUUAGCAAUGUAGUGAGGCUCUGUCCCAAAAUAAAUAAAUAGAUAAAAAAGGAAGGAAAGGAGAGAGGGAGGGAGGGAGAGAGGGAGGAAGAAAGGAAGGAAGGAAAGAAGGAAGGAGUGGGAAUGUGACUCGUGGUUAAGCGCUUCUGUUUUAAAUCCCCAAUACUGAAAAAAAAGGGGGGGGGGGCUAGGUACAUAGCUCAGUUGUAUAGGGGUCUGGGUUCAAUCCCCAGUCCCACCAAAUAAAUAAUAAAUAAAAUUACCUUUUGCUCAAACUGCUGUAUAAUACCACCAGGUUUUCAGCUGCCUACUAGACAUCCCCAACUGGCUAUCCCUUUUGCAACUGAGACUAUUUAAGUUCAACCUCACUCCCCUCCCCUCCUCAAAUAAAACCAGCUAUAUCUGCCACCUUCCUUAUUCCUGUUAAGAUUUCCCCAGUCAUGUAGGCUUGCACCUGGAAUCAUGUUUUGUUCUUUCCUGGUCUCCCAUCCCCAACCACACAUCUAAUCAACUGCCUAUCUUUUUUUUCAAUAACAGUUUUUUUAUGUCUAUAGAAUUUUUUUUUUAAUCCUUCUGCUAGCUCCUAAAAAAUAGAGGCUUGUAGCUUUUGUUUCCCCCUGGAGUAUAAAAGAUAAAUGGUCCCAGUGCCAUGCAUGGUGGUACACACCUGCAGUACCAGCAACUCCAAAGGCCGAGGCAGAAGGAUCCCAAGUUCAAGGUCUUAAUCAACUUAGCAAAACCCUGUCUUAAAAUAAAAAGGGCUUGGAAUGUGGUUCAAGAGUUCAUCCUUUGGUCCUAGAAGGUUGCUCUUCAAUCCCACCUCCUUCAUGACCCCGAUUUUUCCCACCCUCCCUGAUGGAGAAACAAUCUCUUCCUUUGAUCCAUUAAAACACUAUAUUAUUUAUUUAUUUGGGGUUCUUUAGGUUUGGCUCAAGGAUUGAAGCUCAGUUAUGAGGAAGAGAUAAAUUAUUCAUUUAACAAAUAUUAAGUAUUUCCUCUUUUUUCUAAUUAAUAAUGAUACCAGUAGGCCAUUGAUAUGCCAUUGCUUUCCCUUCCUGGGUCUCAGUCUGGUUCCUGAUCACCUUUCUCCUUCUUUCUCAUACUUACGAACACAUGUCUGUGUCUUGUUAGAUUCUUCGCAAACAUUUUUUUUUUUUUAAUAUCAGAGAUUGAACAUGGGGGCACUUCCACUGAGCCACAUCCCCAGCCAUUUUUAUUUAUUUUGAGACAGGGUUUUUCUAAGUUGCUUAGGGCCUCACUUAGUUGUUGAGGCUGGCUUUGAACUGGGGAUCCUUCUGCCUCAGCAUCCCUCCUGAGCCUCUGGGAUUACAGGCAUGUGCCACUGAACCCAGCUCCUUCACAAGCAUCUUAAGGGCAAGCUCCAUUUGAUUCUCACACAGUGGCCUCCCUCACAACAUGUGCUUAGUCAGUUUUAGGUGUUCAAUAAACAUUUUGUAAGGAACUCUUUAAAUGAACUAUAAAUUAAAAGUUUUCAUUUCACAUUGUUUUUUCUUUUUUCUUUUUUUGAUACUGGGGAUUGAACCCAGAGGUACUUUACCACUGUGAUAGAUACCCAAACUUUUUUUUUUUUUUUUUUUUUUUGGUACCAGGGAUAGAACUCAGGGGCACUCAACCGCUGGACCACAUUCCCAGCCAUAUUUUGUAUUUUAUUUAGAGAUAGGGUCCACUGAGUUGCUUAGCUCCUCCCCAUUGCUGAGGCUGGCUUUGAACUCACAAUCCUCCUGUCUCAAGCUCCUGAGCUGCUGAGAUUACAGGUGCACCACCACACCCAGCCCCUUUUUAUUUUUUAUUUGGAUAUAGGGCCUUCACAAUUUAUGAGGCCUGAGGCAGGAGGAUCCCAAGUUAAGCAAUUUAGCAAAACUUUGUCUCAAAAAAGAAAGGGGAAGAGAGAGUUGGGAAUGCAGGUCAGUGGUAAAGUACCCCUGGGUUCAAUCCCAGUACGAAAAGGGUGAGGUGGGGCUGGGAUAAAUGUGACCUUAACUUUUUUUUUUUCAAGUUGGAGACAGACACAAUACCUUUAUUAUAUUUUUAUAUGGUGCUGAAGAUCAAACCCAAUGCCCCAAAUGUGCUAGGCAGGUGUUUUACCACUGAGGCACAACCCCAGCCUGCAACCUUAACUCUUAUCAAGAAGAAAUGAUGCCUUAUAGUGAACAUAUGUAAACCUCAAAAUAAGUUAUAAGGGCCCUGGGGUUGUGACUUAGCAGUAGAGCGCUCACCUAGCACAUGCAAGGCACUGGGCUCGAUCUUUAGUACCACAUAAAAAUAAAUACAAUAAAGGUAUAAAAAAUUGCAAAAAAAAUAAGUUAUAAGAAGCAAUUAUUUGUAAAUGACUUCGAAAGUAUUUGAGAAUAGCUAAAUUCUGUAUAGGCAAAACACUUCUUCCACUUACUUAAAUAUUUAUUAAGCAUUCACUAGGUGCCAGGUAUUGUUCUUUACACAGGGAUAAGGUAGUGGUGGGGUAGGGGGAUACCCCUUUUCUCAUAGGGUUCACAUUCUUAUUUAUCAAACCUUUUUCUGCUUCAUAAGUUCCAGCCUUUAAAAACUUCCAUGCAAAACUUCACCCAACAAUCAAAUCCUGUGGGAAUGAGUGUGCCAACUGACCUUGAAAAUCAGGUUUAUAAAAGAGAUGGUGGUGGCACACGCCUGUAAUCCCAGCAGCUUGGGAGGCUGAGGCAAGAGGAUGGCAAGUUCAAAGCCAGCCUCAGCAAAAAUGAGGCACUAAGCAACUCAGUGAGACCCUGUCACUAAAUAAAAUACAAAAUUGGGCUGGGGAUGUGGCUCAGUGAUCUCAAGUGCCCCUGAGUUCAAUUCCUGGAACAAAAAAAAAAAAUUAAGACAAAUGCUAAAAUCAGUCACUAUAAUGUCAUUCUUACUUCAGCAUUUGUUUCAUUUUUCAAGAAAGCAGAGAAUUUUGCUUGAAUUUGAGUUUGGUUCCUGUUGCAAAGUGGAUUGUUUAGCCUCCUCUCUAAGGGUGGCACAUUACUGUUCAAAAUAAAAUUGCCCCAAACAGAAAUAUUUAUGUAGUAUUUAAGUUUGAAGACAGGAAGAGCACCAGGAAAUGGCCUGGUUCCUCUCAGUAAAAGCAUUUUACUGCCUCAGAUAAAUAGACAUGGGUAAAUAUGUAAUUUCUAUUUUUUUUAAUUAAUUUUCUUGUAGAAAUAUAAAUUAAGAUAGAUUACAAAAUCUUUUCAGAUGCCUCUGCUUUUUAGAGCAACCAUAGUAGAAAAGCCAACCAUAAAAGUUCUUACUGAUAAAGGAUAAUAGAGAAAAUUGUUUCCAGGAGUUCUGCAACAGAAAGCUGAGUCUAAGCAAAACUGAAAAAGAAAAAGGAAAAGAAAGAAAGAAAGAAAGGUAAUGAAUUUUCUGUCCUUUCUUCUCAUGUGCCUUCAGGAGGAAGAACACUAGUAAUUUUCCAGAGUGCCUGUUUACUUUCACUUUAUCUUGAUGUUGGGGGAGGAGGAAACAGAAGUUCCUAGUCACUGCCAGUCCUGUGCUGAUAAUGGAGUAGCCAUUAUUGCCCUACUGAGCUGAAAAAGCGCUUGAACUCUCUCUCCCCGCCAGCCACAUCUUCAGCCAAAAUAGUCUAGACUUUCAUGGGGGCAAGGGGAGAUAUAGAUACAGAUAUAUAGGUAUUAUUAAAUAUACAUAUACACACAUAUACAGCAUGAAAUCUUUUUCUUAAGCACUCUUGCUGGCUGAACAACUGAAAUACGCUCGUAUUUUCAACUGUGCCGUCACCUCUCAGGAUCAACUGUGCAUAUUGGUCCCAGUCUUCUUUCAGCAUACCACAAAUAGCUCCUUGUUGUAAGCAUUUUAUAGUUUCCCUCCACAGUCUGAAACUUCAGCUUUCCACAGCAAUCUGGUUGAGAUUGAAAGCAAUGUGGGAAGGGUAAAUAGUCUGGUCUUUUUAAUGCUCAAGGACUGUUUUGUGUGAAGUAUUGUGAUGCUGUUAGAGUCUGUAUAUUGUAUAAAUCACCCAUACAAUACCUACUAUAAUGCACUUGGUUUUUUAACGUUAAAAAAAAUUUCAGCUGGGCACGGUGGCACACACCUGUAAUCCCAGGUAUUUGGGAGGCUGAGGCAGGAGGAUCACAAAUCGGAGGCCAAUCUGGACAAUUUAUUGAGACACUGUCUCAAAAUAAAAACAAAAAUGUCUAGAGAUAGAGCUAAGUGAUCAAGCACCCCUAAGUUCAAUCACCAGUACAAAAAAAAAAGAAAAAGAAAAAGAAAUAGAUGGCAAUAGUGCUGUUCAGUGAUACAAGGUUUAUCUUGGGACAUACCCAAAUCCUGCUUGACCAUCAGAGAAGCAAGCAUAUGCUAACAGCAUUUGUAUACCACUCUCACAUACAUUACCUCUGUUUUUUCUGGGCAGCUUCCUCAGACUAUUUAGAGUGGGACUAUUGUCCCACUCUAAAAUGGAGUCUAUGGAUGCUGAUGAGUAAGUAAGCUUCUCUCAGGGAAGGCAGUCUUGGGCUAUGUUACAUUAACUCUUCAGAGUCCUAGUUCCUCUACUCCAAAUCUGAGGAGAAUAUGAACGAAGAAGGUAGAAUGGAUUGUACCAGGACUAUCUGAGAUGAUCAAGUGAGUAAAAAUUAAAGUAGAUGAGGAUAUAGUGAACAGAUAUAUUCAAAAUUGAAUGUAGUAGCAUCUUGUGGUAUAAUAAACAAUUGAAUACAACAGAUGUAGUGGCACCUACCUGUAGCCCCAGCUACUUGGGAGGUUGAGGGAAAAGGAACAGUUGAGCCUAGGAGUUCAAAACCAGUCUGGGAAACAUACUGAGAUAACGAUAACAUCUCAAAAAAAAUAAAAAUAAAAACUGCAGCCAGGCGUGAUGGCCCACACCUGUAAUCCCAGUGACUCAGGAAGCUGAGACUGUCUGAAAAUAAGAAAUAAAAAGAACCUGGGGUAUAUCCCAGUGUAAAGUGCCCUGGCUUCAAUCCCCAGUACAAAACAAAAGAAAAAGAAAGCCCAGUGCAUAGUGGUAUGUCCCUGUAAUUCUAGCUACCUGGGAGACUGAGUCAGGAGGAUCACAAAUUUGAGAACCUGUCACAAAUUUUUUUUUUUCGUACCAGGGAUUGAACCCAGGGACACUUCACCACUGAGCGACAUACCCAGCUUCCUUGUUAAUUUUUUUUUUUUUUUUAAUGAGACAGGGUCUCGCAAUCCACCUGCCUCAGCCUCCUGAGUUGCUGGGAUUACAGGAGGGUGCCAUCAUGCCCAGCAUAAAAUAACAAUUUUAUUAUGAUGAUAAAAAUGCCUUUCAGUGGGGCUGAGGUUGUAGCUCAAUGGUACACCGCUUGCCUAGCACAUGUGAGGCACUGGGUGCCAUCCUCAGCACCAAAUAAAAAUAAAUGAAUAAGGGCUGGGGUUGUGGCUCAGUGGUAGAGUGUUUGCCUCACAUGUUCGAGGCACUGGGUUCAAUUUUCAGCAUUGCAUAUAAAUAAAUGAGUAAAAUAAAGGGCCAUCAAAUGAAUGAAUAAAAUAAAGGCAUUUUGUCCACCUACCACUAAAAAAAAAGCAGUUCAGUGGUAGAGCACUUGCCUAACACUGAGAGGCCUUCAGUUCAAUCCUCCAUACCACAAUAUAAAGAAAAAAAGUAAAUUUGACACCAUUAAGUGUUAGCAAAGGAUGUAUCGAAAUAUAAAUUAUUUUCCACCAGAGAAGUGGGGAGGAUUAUAAACUGGUAAAUCCAUUCGGAAACCAAAAGGGAUUAUGCCUCUUGGCCCUAUAUAUAUGCCACACAACUGAAUUUAUGUUCCAGAAUAAUUCUUGCUCAAGUCCAUAAAAGAACAUAUGUACCACACUGUUUAUUGUGACACAGCUGGAGGCAACCCAGGUGUUUAUCAUUAGGGUAAUAAAAGUUAAAUGUAAUGGAUGUUUAUUAAGGAAUGACAUAAUAUAGUAAUAAUGUACAGAAACCUCAAGAAGUAUUUAGCAAGAAGAUUUAUAGUUAACACUACUUCCAAAAACUAACCAAAAAUACAAAAAAAAAAAGUGGUGUUUUUCCAAGGAUACUUCAGAAUUUAGAGCAUAAUAAACACAAUAGAGUGGGUAGUAAUGCAGGGGAGGAGAAUGAGUAGAGAUGAGGGAUGAAGGAGGGAAGUAAAAAUAAAGACUGUGGGCUUGCACUGAACAUAAGGCUCUAUAAAGAGAAGGCUAUGAGAUAAAAAUAAUUUUUAAGUCAGUACUCUAAGUAUGUUAAAAUUGGUCAUGGAGAAAAUAUUUUCUAAUUUUUUACUCUUCUGUAUUUAAAAAAAAAUUUAGGCCAGGGUUGUAGCUCAGUGGUAGGGCGCUUGCCUCGCAUGCGUGAGACCCGGGGUUCCAUCCUCAGCACCACAUAAAAAAUUAAAAAAUAAACAAAUAAAGAUAUUUUUUAAAAAUUAUAA